AUGGAAGGCGUCAGCGAAGGAGUGAUGAGAAUGCGGCUGUUGCUGGUCGGCGCGGACGCGUUCGAGCUGUCCGCAGCCAGGCAGGAAUUUGUGAUGCAGGAUUUGCGCGCAUCAAGUCGUUUCGCUAGAUGUGGAUGUGCGUUUGAGGAUUUGCAGCUCUCGAGGCAUGACUCGCGCACGGUAUGUGUCAGGGAAGGUGAGCGCCUCUUGCAUGUGCGGGUGGGUGGUGCUUUAGCCCGAGGAGGUCACGGCAUGAGUCGCGGUGUGUACGAAUUGGUGUUGCAGCACGGGAGGCGUCAGGGAAGGUGA